AUGGCGUCCGCCACCCGCCUCAUUGGCUCGCCGUUCCCGGGCCUCCUCCUAGGCGGCAGCCUUUUCCACCACGCGCGUCCGGUGGCGUCCCGCAACGGCCUCGUCGUCCUCGAGCUCUGGAGCGUGGGCGCCCGCCGUGCCGAAGACCUCGCCCUCGCCGUGUGCAACCCGAUGACGGGCGACGUGGCCCUUCUCCCGCCUCUCGCGGGCCCCGGCCACGACUACGCAUGCGCGCUGCUCACCGCCGACGACCUGCUGGAUGAACACGGACCGCUUGGCCCUCGCCGGCCGGGACUGUUGUUCAGCCUUGUCCUGGUCUACAACCGCCGCGGCUUCACAGCUCUGCGGUGCUACACCACCUCCUCGUCCUCGGACGGCGACGGAAGCUGGGGGCCAGAAGCCAGGAAACCAGGCGCCAAGAUUAAAGGCCACAUCCUACGUCAUCUAGGCCAGGCCGUCGUGCUCGCCGGGGUGGCCUACUGGCCCAUGUACUUAGGGGCUCUGGGCGUGCGCCUGGACGGCGCUGGCGCGGGGGUGGUGGACGUGUGCAUGGUGCCAUACAGUUCGCCAAACGCCCUGCCGGGCAACCGGCUGCUCGGCACGACGCCAGACGGGAGGCUGAGCUUCAUCAGCGUGGGCGUGUUCUUGGACAUGUUUAGCUUCAGAGUUGAAACCUUGGACCUGCGAAGCAUCGACGACAUGAGCACGGCGGCUGACCGAUGGGAGAGGCCCAAAUUGAUCGACCUACACCAGCUGAAGGUGUCGACGACGACGCAUAUCAAGUUGCGGUGGCUUUGUGAGAAGAGUGGCACGCUGUUCUUUACCGUCGUCGGGGAAGGUACAAGCACAAGCGGCGCCUUCGCCUUGAACCUCGCGACGAUGUCGUUCGAAAAGCUGGCCGAUGGCGCCGAGUGCAACUCUUGGACGAGCUUCUGUGGAUAUGAAAUGGACCACACCGCACUCAUUGCGUCCAUCACAGCUCGCUUCACUUAG